CUGAACCCAACGAACCAGGACAGUAUGUAAUUAAACCAUCGAGUCCAGAAACUCCAUAUGAAGAACCAGGCUCACCAGAAGAAGUAGUUUAUUCACCGGAAAUCGGCAGUGAUGUACCAAGUGAUGUAGAGUAUAUCCCGAGAGAAGAAGAACAAAUGCCCGAUAGCAAAGAACCUACGCCAUAUUCUCAUGUGGUCCCGACUCACCCAGAUUACCAUGAUGAACCAAUAACUUACAUAUCGGAACCCAUUGAACCAGAGCAGAAUGUUAUCGAACCAUCGAGUCCCGAAACUCCAUAUAAAGAACCGGGCUCACCAGAAGAAGUAGUUUAUUCAUCGGAAAUCGGCAGCGAUGUACCAAGCGACGUAGAGUAUAUCCCGAGAGAAGAAGAACCAAUGCCUGAUAGCAAAGAACCUUCGCCAUAUUCUCAUGACGUUUCUACUCACCCGGAUUACCAUCAUGAACCCACAACAUACACAACUGAACCCAACGAACCAGGACAGUAUGAAAUUGAGCCAUCGAGUCCAGAAACUCCAUAUGAAGAACCGGGCUCACCAGAAGAAGUAGUUUAUUCACCGGAAAUCGGCAGCGAUGUACCAAGCGACGUAGAGUAUAUCCCGAGAGAAGAAGAACCAAUGCCCGAUAGCAAAGAACCUACGCCAUAUUCCCAUGAGGUCCCUACUCACCCGGAUUACCAUCAUGAACCCACAACAUACACAACUGAACCCAACGAACCAGGACAGUAUGUAAUUGAGCCAUCGAGUCCAGAAACUCCAUAUGAAGAACCAGGCUCACCAGAAGAAGUAGUUUAUACACCGGAAAUCGGCAGCGAUGUACCAAGCGACGUAGAGUAUAUCCCGAGAGAAAAAGAUCCAAUGCCCGAUAGCAAAGAACCUACGCCAUAUUCUCAUGAGGUACCGACUCACCCAGAUUACCAUGAUGAACCGAUAACUUACACAUCGGAACCCAACGAACCAGGACAGUAUGUAAUUGAGCCAUCGAGUCCAGAAACUCCAUAUGAAGAACCGG